AGUCAGGCCAGCCCAUCUGUGGUAAUGGGUUAGUGGAGCCAGGGGAGGAGUGUGACUGUGGAUACAGCGAUCAGUGCAGAGACCAGUGUUGCUAUGACGCCGAUCAGCCUGACAACAGGAAGUGUAAACUAAAACCCAACAAAGUCUGCAGUCCUAGCCAGGGCCCGUGCUGUACUCCUGAGUGCUACUAUAAGGGCCGUAAUGAGAAGUGUCGUGAGGAGUCUGAGUGUGCUCAUCAGGGCAUGUGUAACGGGGGUACGGCCCAGUGCCCCACCUCUGAACCCAAGGCCAACUUCACCGCCUGCCACGGAGAGACUCAAGUGUGCCUCAACGGGGGCUGUUCUGGCUCCAUCUGUGAGAAGUAUGGUCUGGAGGUCUGUACCUGUGCCAGCGUGGAGGGCAAGGACGAGACUGACGAGCUGUGCCACGUUUGCUGUAGUGAGAAAAUGGACCCCAACACCUGCAGCAGUACAGGUUCAGAGAAGCUGGCCCGGUUCUUCAAUAAGAAAGUCACCACGCUGCCCGCGGGGUCUCCCUGCAACGACUUCAAGGGCUACUGUGACGUGUUCAUGAGGUGUCGGCUGGUGGACGCGGACGGCCCUCUGGCCAGACUGAAGAAGGCCAUCUUCAACCCCGAGCUCUAUGAGAACAUUGCAGAGUGGAUAGUGGCUCACUGGUGGGCAGUGUUGUUGAUGGGCAUCGCUCUGAUCAUGUUGAUGGCUGGCUUCAUUAAGAUCUGUAGUGUCCACACCCCUUCCAGCAAUCCCAAACUGCCCCCACCCAAACCACUACCAGGCACGUUAAAGAGGAGGAGAGCCCAGCAACAUGCCCGGGACGCCCGAGACGCCCAGGUGCACCAGUCCCAGUCCCACCACGGAGGUGGAGAUCACGGCCAGCACCACCCAGUCUCCGGAGGCCAGCGGCAGCAGCCCUCACGCCAGGCCCAGCCACAGCCCCAGCCUCAGAGGCACCACCGCAGCCAGGGCCAGCCCAGAGAAAACUACCAGAUGGGUCAGAUGAGACGCUGAGCUGUUGAGACACUGGGGCUUCGGGGUUGGGACCGCUCGGGGUUGGGACCGCUCGGUCCGCUGCUCCCUCCAUCGACUGCUCCUUGCCUUGGCUCCUCCACGUGCCUAUCUAUGUAACUGGUGGGACUGGGCUUUGAACCGAUUUGUGGGAUUUUAAUCCGGGUCUUCAGGGUGGGAAUCUGACGUCCUGACCGUUUAGAUCAACAGGAUUUUCUUAGCUUUUUUUCUUGAUUAGGAUCGAUGGAAUCAAGGGAAAGGGAACCACACUUUAGUUUUUACACGUUUUUUUUUAGGAUUUCCUCUUGGUCUAAUGGUUAAGGUGUUGGGUUGCCACGUGGGAGGACCUGGGUUGGAAUCCCACCGGUUUACACCUAACAGUAGGAUAUAACACUUGCUUCAGUCCUUCCAAAGAACAGCCUUAACUGGUUGUUUACCAUCCUCAUACCCUCCAUCUACAAACAAAGCAGAGUUGAGAAAGUCAGAAUAAACGGACCCCCCCCCCUCCAACGACCACCACUGACUGUAGCCUGCAGCACGGCUGACCUCUUCAGUCUUGUUUUCUGUGGCUCUCGAUGUGCAGUGGAAUCCACCAUCAGUCAUUUUGUUUGACCAUCCACCAUUUUUUUUCUUUUUUUUUUUGAAGAGUGGAAGUGACCAUCCACCAUUUUGUCUUUUUUGUGGAGUGGAAGUGACCAUCCACCAUUUUGUCUUUUUUGUGGAGUGGAAGUGACCAUCCACCAUUUUUUUUUUUUUGUGGAGUGGAAGUGACCAUCCACCAUUUUUUUUUUUUUUUUUUUGUGGAGUGGAAGUGACCAUCCACCAUUUUGUCUUUUUUGUGGAGUGGAAGUGACCAUCCACCAUUUUGUCUUUUUUUGUGGAGUGGAAGUGACCAUUGGCCAUUUCCAAUGCAGUAAGUCUUCGGUCUGCCUCUUUUUCCCACCAAAUCUUUCUUUCUUUCAAUGGAGUGCCAACGAGUGGAGGAAUUGACUGGUUUCAUCACGUGUAGCUUUACUACCUUCGGUCAUGUUUUUUUCUUUCGAUUUGUAAAGUACCUCCUCUUGAGUGAGAACACCCGUGUGAUCCUUGGCUCCUGGUUGGUUGAAAUGUUUUGUCAGCCAUAUUAGCCAGGAAGUGAAGUGAAAAACACUCGGAGGAGAUUUGCUGUACUUAUGCUGUACAACACGACGUUUCAAACAUAACUGGGAAAAGAGACGGAGCUCUUCUCUUGGUUUUUCCAUGUAGACUGACUGUCUUCUGCAUGUGAUUGUACAGAUUUCAGUGUAACAUAAGUGAAAAAAACUAAACUAUUUCUUCUACUGUAAAUGUACGUAUGAUUCUUUACUGUUUUUUUGGUUAGUACUGUACUCUCAGGACAGUAACACAAAUGAAGAUAUCUGGAAUAGUAAAUGGGUGAGUUCUCUGUGGACUGGACACUGUAGUUGGAAAUUGACAGCAUUUCACCAAUCAAGUUCUUAUUUUUUUGCAGUGAUGGAAUCAUAUGGAUGGAAUUCUCUAUGGCAUUGUGUUUAGGGUCUGGUUGCUAGAUGCUAGGGUCCAAGGAUUGAACAAAAAGGUCACCAUCAUUUCCCACUACUUCUCACCUUUGACCUUUUGUGACGUUCAAGAUCUCCCUCAUCUCAUCUGGUAACAACUUGUUCUGGCCCUGUCAUGAUGUAACGACUUGUUCUGACCACGUCAUGAUGACAUUAUGAUGUAACGACUUGUUCUGAUCACGUCAUGAUGACAUCAUGAUGUAACGACUUGUUCUGGCCACGUCAUGAUGUAACGACUUGUUCUGAUCACGUCAUGAUGACAUCAUGAUUAAUGACUUGUUCUGGCCACGUCAUGAUGACAUGAUGUAACGACUUGUUCUGAUCACGUCAUGAUGUAACGACUUGUUCUGAUCACGUCAUGAUGUAACGACUUGUUCUGAUCACGUCAUGAUGUAACGACUUGUUCUGAUCACGUCAUGAUGUAACGACUUGUUCUGAUCACGUCAUAAUGACAUCAUGAUGUAACAACUUGUUCUGAUCACGUCGUGAUGUAACGACUUGUUCUGAUCAUGUCAUGAUGACAUCAUGAUGUAACGACUUGUUCUGAUCACGUCGUGAUGUAACGACUUGUUCUGAUCACGUCAUGAUGACAUGAUGUAACGACUUGUUCUGAUCACGUCAUGAUGUAAUGACUUGUUCUGACCACGUCACGAUGACAUCACGAUGUAACGACUUGUUCUGAUGACAUCACGAUGUAACGACUUGUUCUGAUGACAUCACGAUGUAACGACUUGUUCUGAUCACGUCAUGAUGUAACGAUUGGGGAUAGAAGAAUCAGGGGAAAGAAAGGAAAGGGAACUUCACUUUUAGUUUUUACACACUUCUUCUUUUUCUUGAUAUGUUUUGAUGCAGAAGAAUAGAACAAAUAACCACUAACGGAAAGCUGAUGAUUCUGCCUGUUAUAUUAGGUCAGUGAUGCGUUUUUUUUAAGAGACAUUUUAUGGCACGCAUUCAAAAUGGCACCCUAUUCACUAUUUAGCCCUAUGCACCCUGGUCAAAAGUAGUGCACUAUAUAGGGUUUAGGGUGCCAUUUCGGACAUACACUUACUUUAGUACAGAGUGCAUUAAUAGUAUCAAAUUGCUAGGUUUACGUGAGUGUGGAAAAUAUAUACAAAAACAAUUCCAGAAUGGAUUAAAAAAAAAUGAGUACAAUUGAUAUCAAACUGUUAAUUUUCAAUGUGGGCAUGGAGUCAUGAUCUUUUAAAUUUUAAUUUUAAAUAUGACUACGGUUGAUUUGACAAAGGUCUGUACUAAAUUGUCUGUUACGUAAUUGAUCACAACCGAUAACUUGCCAAUGAUAGCUGGGGUUGACUAGUCAGGUCUGUAGUACAGACAGCAGGGUGAGUAGUUAUUUCCAACUAACACUAUGUAUAGAGCUAGAAUCUGGAUUAAAUGGUCUUCCAUCCUGUAACAAUGUGUGUGGAUGCCUGGAUUGGGUUCAUUAUACAUCAAACGGAAGAAAACGGACUGCAACACGGAAGGGCCUACUUGGAUUUGUCUAAAAAAAAAAACUUUAAUUUUCGUUACAAAAUGUUUUGAACAUGGUUUUCUGCUGUGUGCCCUAAUGAAGAUGACCCUUUUGUGUUGCUCCAUUGUGUCCUUUACAGAGGUGAAGACUGUGGGCUUUUACAUUAACAUUGGUGUGCCAUACAUGUCUUUGUACUUGUGGGCGAACGAGUCAUAUCAUUUAUGAACGAGUCAUAUCUUUUUUAUCAUUACCUUUUUAUGUAGGAAAAAAACAGUAGGAAGGUCUCUAAAAGCCAUGCACUAGUUUGAAUGGAAGCCUGGUCCCAGACCUACUACUGCUGUCUGGCCAACUCCUAUGGUUAAUUGUCAUGCCAAACAGUGAUUUGACUAUGAUUUAUUUUGCAAAGGAGUUGGCCAGACAAACAGAUGUGUGGGUCCUGGAUAGAAGUGUCCGUUUUUUUUGAGGAGAUGGAGACUACGAGGCAGUAGUACUAGGUGUUUACUCCUGCCCUUUUAAUACUACAAAGACUGUAGGUUGGGUUGAUGUGGAACAACAUUUGGAACAUAGCCUAGAUCACGUAAACAACUUCAAAGCUAAACCCCAACCAGACUGUUCUGGGUCAAAUCUGUUCUUUUCAACACUAUCAUGCUGACCCCCAACUGUUCUGGGUCAAAUCUGUUCUUUUCAACACUAUCAUGCUGACCCCCAACUGUUCUGGGUCAAAUCUGUUCUUUUCAACACUAUCAUGCUGACCCCCAACUGUUCUGGGUCAAAUCUGUUCUUUUCAACACUAUCAUGCUGACCCCCAACCAUACUGUUCUUGGCCAUUUCCAGCAUGGUUCCAGCAACUAUGUUUUAAUGUGUAACCAGGCCAGGGCAGUAUAACUUGGUUUGGCUCGGUUCAGCUCGGUACUGUGAAAAGGGUAAUGGACUCUGUUGUGGACUUAGGCGCUUGUCUGUUUUCCAUUGAAUCCUGUAUUUCACAUUGCUGAAUAACUGGGAGACUGGAUGCUAAAUUCUGAAGUUUUUCUGAAGAGAAGGAAGCCGUUAAAAAAUAUAUAUCUGACCAGCUAGCACACACACAAUGUUCUCACAGUACACUAAGCCAGACAUAUUUCCCUGUAAACUUGUACAGUACUUGGAGAAUUUAGAGUUUUAAUUUGAAGAUAAAAAUCUAACAUUUUGAAAUCGAGGAAAAACUGUUCAGAAACCAAACAUCCCCUUCUCAAAACCUUCUGAGUAACACUUGAUUUUGAAGGGAACCUACGUAAGUAUUUUAUAACAUUCAUAAACCAUACAUAAAACAUUCAUAACCAGUACAUAAGUAUUUCAUAGUAGAUAUAAUGUAUUAAAUGCUUACACACUGAUUAUGAAUGUGUUAUAAUGUCUUACCCUUUAAAUAAAGUGUUACCAACCUCCCUUUCCUGGGUUAUUUUCGUAUCUAUGCUAGUUGAAAUGGGAUUAGUUUUAAAUAUAAUUUACUUUAAUUCUCCACCAUCAUGAAAAUGGUAAAAAAAAAAAAAAACUAAAUUCAGUGUGAUGGACUUAAAUGUUUCCUUCAUUCUCAUUUCAUUUAAGUCUGUUAUCCUGUGGCAUGGUUUGGGUUUUAUUUAAUUAUUUUUUUUAAAUUUCGUGGUCUUCAUGAUAUAGAAGGUUCUAAACGUAAAACUGAAAUGUCCAAAAUUGAGUUGAAAAAAUGUUGUAGGGGAAAUGAAGAUCUAGGCCCGAAAGAACACACGACGAUUAAAAAGUAAAAAAACUACUGUCUGAUUUUAAUGUUCACUGUGUUUUAUACAGUAUCAAACAUUGUUGUUCACUUUGAACAUUUUUACUAAAGAAAUUCAAAAAAUGUAUUGUGUAAUUUUUUUUGGAGUACUUUAAAUGCAUUAAUUAAAAGACUCGUUCAAAAUAAA